AAAUUUAUGUACCAUGAAACAGAAAUCGUUUACAGACUAAUCGAAAAUGCAUCACAAGUGGGAAAGGUACCUGAUGUGUUGGUGGGAAAACUAGGACUACACCAACUGCCAAACCAAUCUGAAGAUGAACUUGAAAAAUCUGGGGGUGUUAUUGAAGAACCACCGCGAUCAAAAAAGAAGCGUAGAAGUGGAAAUUUUCAAGAGUUUGUGAGUGGAUUAAGAAAGAUUGUUCAUGUCAGAACACCAACUCGCUCACAUCCGAGCAAGGUUUUGUCUGAGAUCGAUACUCCUGAUGUAUGCAAUGAUAACCUUGGAAAUUCAUCCACGGGAACCCCAGUAACAAGGUCAGGCUCAAAACGCAAAGCUGAAGCAGACCUUCCUUCUUUUUCGGCUUCCAAAAAACCAGCUCUUGCUGAGACAUUGACCAAGAAUCCUACUGUUUAUCCAGGUUAG